GCGAAGGGCCUGGGCCGGGCCAAGGGGUGAGGGGUGCCGCCGGUGUCCAGCACGCUGGGUCCAGCACGCUGGGUCCGAGGCGCCCCGGCAGCCAUGCAGACACCGGCACGCCGCUGUCAGGGACGCGGACAGAUGGACACCCAGGCCACUCCCACCGAGCACAGCCCUGCGGGCACAGACGUAGCCUGCACAGAGCCACAGACAUGCGCCCGGGCACACGUGUCUGUACACUCAACGUAGACUGCGCCUCAACUGCGCACAUUUAUUGCUCCUUUCUGAGAAACGGACACGCAGCUCGGAUACAUUCAAGCUUAUGUUCGAACUCGGGCAAAACGUGCGAGCAAGAGAUGCGUGUCCACACAUGUCUAAGAUUUAUUCCAUAGAUGAAGAUGAAAAAUUAACACCUAGCUUGGAAAUUAUCUUACCUCGUGAUUUGGCAGAUGGGUUUGUGAAUAAUAAACGAGAAAACUACAGAUUUAAAUUCCAAAGGAUUUUUGAUCAGGAUGCAAACCAAGAGACCAUUUUUGAAAGCAUUGCCAAACCAGUUGCUGAGAGAUGGGGAGAGGUUCUGCCAAAGGACAGGAUGUUGGUGAUGCCAGAAGCAGAGGGUGUCCUGGCGGGUUACAAUGGCACCAUCUUUGCAUACGGGCAAACAGGCAGCGGUAAGACAUUCACCAUCACGGGGGGCGCAGAGCGCUACAGUGACAGAGGCAUUAUCCCAAGGACACUGUCGUACAUUUUUGAGCAACUACAAAAGGACAGCGGCAAAAUAUAUACAACACACAUUUCCUAUUUGGAAAUCUACAAUGAAUGUGGUUAUGAUCUAUUGGAUCCAAGACAUGAAGCCUCCACUUUGGAAGACUUGCCGAAAGUGACAAUAUUGGAGGACCCCGAUCAGAACAUUCACCUGAAAAACCUGUCUCUUCAUCAGGCAACCACAGAGGAAGAAGCUCUGAAUCUGCUCUUCUUAGGAGACACCAACAGAAUGAUUGCAGAGACUCCUAUGAACCAGGCUUCAACUCGUUCUCACUGCAUUUUCACUAUUCACUUAUCAAGCAAAGAACCAGGAUCUGCAACUGUCCGACACGCCAAACUUCAUUUGGUUGACCUGGCUGGUUCAGAGCGCGUGGCAAAGACUGGAGUAGGGGGCCAGCUUCUAACAGAGGCCAAGUAUAUCAACUUGUCACUGCAUUACUUAGAACAGGUUAUCAUCGCCCUUUCAGAAAAACACCGUUCGCAUAUUCCCUACAGGAACUCCAUGAUGACCAGUGUCCUAAGGGACAGUUUGGGAGGGAACUGCAUGACGACCAUGAUUGCAACACUCUCUUUGGAGAAAAGAAAUAUCGAUGAGUCUAUAUCCACCUGCAGAUUUGCACAACGAGUGGCACUCAUAAAGAAUGAAGCUGUUCUUAAUGAAGAAGUUGAUCCCAGAUUGAUGAUUAUACGCCUACAAAAGGAAAUCCAGGAACUGAAGGAUGAACUGGCCCUUGUCACUGGAGAGCAGAGGACAGAGGCCCUCACAGAAGCAGAGCUCCUUCAGCUGGAAAAACUAACAACAUCCUUUUUGGAAGACCAGGAUCCAGAGAGCAGACUAGAGGUUGGCACCGAUAUGCGUAAAAUUCAUCACUGUUUCCAUCAUUUAAAGAAGCUGCUGAAUGACAAGAAGAUCCAUGGAAAGAGCACAGUCUCCUCUGAAAUCAAAGAGCAAGACUGCCAAGAACCAUUGAAAGAGGAAGAAUAUAAAAAGCUACGAGAUCUUCUACAGCAGAGAGAUAAUGAAAUCAAUAUUCUGGUCAAUAUGUUAAAGAAGGAAAAGAAGAAAGCUCAAGACGCUCUCCACCUGUCUAGCAUGAACAGAAAUGAAUUUAGACACUCACAGAGCUCCCCCUUCCCAGCCGGGAACCCAGAAGGUCCAAGGAUGUCGCUCUCCUCGGCUCCCACACAGGCUCAGGACGUCAGCGCUUUGGGGUGUAGGUCCAGUUUGCUCCACAGAAAAACAGGGAUGAGAGAGGAAAUGUCAUUAGGACGCCAGGAGGCUUUUGAAAUCUUCAAGAGGGACCAUGCUGACAUCGUUACCAUCGAAGACAACAAACAGACUCUGAAACAGAGAUUCUAUGAAGCAAAGGCCCUGGGCGAAAGUAUAAAUGAAGCAAGAAGUAAAAUUGGUCGCCUGAAGGAAGAAAUCACCCAGCGGCAUAUGCAGCAGGUGGCUCUAGGCAUCUCGGAAAACAUUGCCGCAUCCUCAAAGCCGGACCCGGUGGAAGAGAAGCUGAGGUCACAGGUGGAAGAAGAAAAGAGAAGAUAUAAAGCAAUGUUCACGCGCCUGAAGGCCCUGAAGGUGGAGAUUGAGCACCUGCAGUUUCUCAUGGAAAAAGCCAAGGUGAAGCUGCAGAAAGAGUUUGAAGCCUGGUGGGCAGAGGAGGCCACCAGCCUGCAGGUAAACUCUCCUGCGGUGAAUGCCCUCAACCCCAUGAAGCCUUUUCUGCAGACACCUGAGGCCCAGCACGAAAGGGCCCAGUGUCUCUCUGACAAAAGAAGGAAUGUCAACAUGAGAAAUGAAUUCAUUGUCAAAGGCUGGUUGGUCAGGAAAGAGGACAGAAGUAAUUCACGUGAUGUGAGUGCCAGGAAAAUCCUGCCCUCGCCCUGCCCCGUCCUGCACAGCCAGCAGCAGAGCCGCACCGGCGCCUUCCUGGAAGACAGCAUCCCUGCAAGGCCGAUGUCAUCCAUCCCUCUCACUGGGGACAGCCAGACGGACUCCGACAUCUUGGCAUUCAUCAAAGCCAGACAGAGCAUUCUGGAGAAGAAAUGUCUCCAACCCAGACAAGGAGAUCUCCUCAGCCCCAUGCCUCAGAGGGCCCUGCACUUGGAAGCGCCUUGCUAGAAACUUUCUACGUCUCCCUCCGGUGGUGGGACCUGCCAUGGCCAACAGUGUCAUCCAUGCCAACCACCGCUAGCCCAGACCAGGUCCCAUGUGAACCUCGGUUCCCUUUUUGCCCUUCAGAGGGCUCUUCAACUCACGCGUGGGGUUGGCCACAUGCCCCAAGGUGCUCCAGGAUUCAUGCCUGUGGAGUGGUCCUGGGGCCUCUUGGUCGGUCCCUGGUUCCGGGAGAACAGCCUGAUGAGCAGAGCAUUCCUGUGCAUGGUGCAGCCUUCCUUUGAGGGCAUUGCUCGAGAUUUCCUUUGAGGGCAUUGCUCGAGCUCGGGCCACCACAGUGGUGCUGACAUGCUGACUGGAGUGACUCUCACAGUCAGACGUAGGACAAAGAAUCUUCACGUGCACUAAUUAGACAACAAACAAACCCGUAAGUCGCUCUUCUCUGCCAUAUUCUAAAUCUUCACCAAUAAAUCACUAUAGCUCACAUGGA